AUGACUACAAAAUACAACCUAGUGAUGCCCCUGCAUAUGAUUAUUAUUCUGACGGACAUUUCGUUUAAUUGUGCGGCAACUAUCGCCUAUGAUAAGAACACAGCCCAAUUAAUGAUUUUUAUGUGAGUUGCGUGAAGAUACAAGGAUGUGCUCGUUUCAGACUCCAAGAUAUAUUUCUGGUAAUGGGGGUAAUCGUGUUACUGAUAACGUUUUCUUCGACCUUCGUAUUUCGAGCCGGUCUCAUCGAAGUUUUGGCAAAAGAGUUUUGGUUCACAUUGCUUAUUUCCAGUUGUUAUUUGGUCUCAUCUAUUGUCCUACAUGUUUUGAGCUUGGUAAGGGUAGUAGAAUUUAAUUAUGUGCUCUCAGAAAGAUCGAUGGAAUGUUAAAAAGUACACUUGGCCCACACAUUUGCACGCGGUUUAUCUCACCCAAAGAACAUGUAAGAUAACACAAAUCAAAAUGAGACUUUGUUAAUAAUUACAGUAUCAGUUGUGUAUUAUUUCUGUUAUAAACGCUCCUCCUUGUGGCUGAGCAAUCCCAUCUACCACAAAGAUUCUGAAUGGCUACGGGAGCAGAUACGUGAGAGGUUCUGA